AUGGAGACAAUAGCUACAGCGCCGAAUGCACAUCUGCAAAGGAAAAGAAAGGCUGAUGACAAUGGUCUUCUUAAUGCUAAAAAGCCAGCCCAAAAGAGAGCUUCAGCAGCAUGCCGCAGUUGUCGUGCUCGGAAAGUUCGGUGCGAUGUGCUCAUAAAAAACAUCCCUUGCACGAAUUGCCGCUUGGAUGGAGGAGAAUGUGCCAUUGCAGAGAGCAAGCGGACAAAAUUCGCUCGCACGGCGGAUGGCACAACGCUCCUGACUGGCCAGCCGCAGAGAGAUGCAGAUGGCAAGGGUUGGAAUGCAGGGAAUACGACGCCAAGCGAGGAACUCAUCAAAAUACCGGAGUGUGGGAGUGUUGAUCAAAGUCACGGGUUUGAUACCAAUGUGUGUGAAUUUCAACAGCAAUCCAUACCCGAUCCAAUCCUUGCCCAUGACAUGGUAUUGUCAAACAUGUUCUCCAUCAUGCACCAGCUCUUUGGCCCUAUCCCCGAUCCUGUCAAUAAACAGACGGAAAUUGAGCUUCCCCGUUACAUCAAACAUUAUCCUACGCAACUUCAGCCGGACGAUUUGAAUUACCUUCAAACAAAAGGAGCAUUUAGUAUACCUCAUUUCGCGCUACGAAACGAGUUACUUAAAAACUUUGUCAAUUAUGUCCACGUCUACAUGCCCUUUCUUGACCUCGAAGACUUUCUUCAAACCAUCUAUGAGAACAAUGGAAGAAAGCAGAUAAGUUUGCUGCUUUUCCAGGCAGUGAUGUUUGCCGGGACAGCUUUCGUUGACAUGAAACACCUGCGCAUGUCAGGAUAUCAAUCUAGGAGAGAAGCGCGGAAGGCUUUCUUUCAGAGAGUAAGGGCUCUCUAUGACCUCGACUAUGAAGAUGACCAAAUCGUUGUCAUUCAGGUUUUAUUGCUUAUGAGUUAUUGGUUUGAAACCCCACAUGACCAAAAAGAUAGCUGGCACUGGACAGGUAUCAGCCUAGCCUUAUCCAGGCUCAACGGGUUACAUCUUGAUAUAACUACGUCAGGAAUGGACACCAAGACAAGGAGUGCUUGGAGACGUAUCUGGUGGACCUUAUACAGUCGAGACAAGACUAUUGCGCUUGGGAUGAGGCGUCCUACCAGAAUCAGAGAGGAUGAGUAUGACGUGGAGAUGGUCAGCACCGAUGAUUUUGAAUUUCAAUCAUUUCCGGCCCACCUCCAGCAGAUGAUUGGCGGCAGCGAAAUCCUAAGUAGCCCAGAUUAUCAAAGAGAGCUAGUGCUUAUGUUCAUCGAAAAGAUAAAGCUAUGUUGCCAUCUGCAGCAGGUACUCUCCGUACAGUAUCGCAUCCUCCGUCACAAGACAGGAGGCGGGAAAAUGGUACUCGUUCCGAAGAGAGAGUCAGUGGAUAUCUCCCAAAUAAAACACCAUGAUGAGGUUCUGGACGAAUGGUUUGCCGAUAUACCUGAAGAAACAAGAUACUCCCCACGAUUUGGUUGCGAAUUAUCUGAAGGAGAGGAAGUACUCCACCUUCACCGUGGGAUGCUCAAAUUACUCUAUCUAGCUAUACGCAGUACAUUGCAUCUCCCACAGAUCAUACGAGGCCUCCCCAAUACACUGCUGUCUUGCGAGUUACAGCAAGGGUCUCUCGAAAAAGUCCGACAAACCGCAGCAGAAAUUACUUCCAUAGCUCAAGAUCUUCACCAUCUAAAUCUAACCCGAUACCUUCCAUCAAAUGGUACCACACCACUUCUUUCCGCCGUCGCAACCCACGUCAUGGACUUGGCAUCACCGAGCCCUGGGAUAAAAGUAAACAGUUUGAACAGACUACAGCAAUGUCUGCAGACCCUCCUGCGUCUCCGGGAAAUCUAUCCGGCGGCGGACGCUCUCACCAACUCGUUGGAAAGGAUCAUGGGGGUCAUGGGCAUGCAACAGUUGUACACUUGCAAGCCAUGGACACAAGGCGAAGUUUUGUCGUCAGAUUAUUAUUACCGUUCCAGCGUUGACAGGGACUGUUACGGCCCCAUGUCCUCGCCAAAGCCGUGUCCGCCUAGUAUAAUGAUUUUGGAUUCUAUUGCGAAGCACCCACUAGUGAGAGAGGGGAGCAGCGUUUCAGAGUCAGAGAGUGGGAAUGAAAACGAAAGUGUGAAUAGGUGUUUGAAUGAGGAUGAGGAUGAAACAGUAAACGCGAAUGCUGAUGGGGAUGUCACAUCCCCUCCCGGUCACAGCAAUUCGGAAAAUUUUAGUGAGUUCUCCACGGAGCGAACGACCCCAUUGCAGAAUUCGACGGAAUUCGAACUGGAGCCUGAAUCCAAGGCCAUAUUGGACAAUUUGGACAUUGCAAACCUCGGGGAAUUGGAAAGAGAAUCAUUUGAGACCAUGCUGGAAGAAUUUGCAGGGCAUUAUGGCAUUUUCGAGACAGGCUGUAUGCUGGAAGGGAAUGGGGUUGUUGAUGCCACAUCUUGGGAUACUAGUGACGGGGGUAUGGGCGAUCAGAGCAAGGGGGAUAUUGAGAAAGAUGAAAUGAAUGAUCAUAUUCCUGCGGAUGAGAAGAUGAAUGAGAAAUUCAGUGCUGCGCUGUAA